AUGUCCCGGAGUCCUACGGUAUACGCUGGCCAGCCAGCCUUGACUAAGAAUCAGAAAACCCUUUGCUACUACCCAGUGGUACUUGGUCAUGUUCUUGUCAAUGGCUUACAAUUCUUUAGUGGGAUAUUUAUACAGAAAAACAAAGAUUUUAAAUCAAGAAUUGAUAACAUGGUCAAACUGGCAACACUUCAAACAACGUCUGACAUGGAGAAACUACAUCUUGAAGCGGUUAUUUCAUUAGUUUACUGGAAUAUUAAUGACGCUCUGAAUACAUGGCAGAAGAUAUUGACAACUUACCCCACGGACAUACUUGCAAUAAAAUUUGCAUAUGAUGCUUGUUAUAUAAUGGGAUAUUCCCAGCUAAUGAAUGGUAUGAUGAAACGUGUUUUGCCAUACUGGGAGGAAGAAAUGGAGUUUUAUCGUACACUGAAGACAUUGUAUGCAUUUGUUUUGGUGGAAUGUAACUAUUUUAUUGAAGCAGAAAUAAUAGCAAGGGAGGGCUUGAAACAUAAUAAUACAGAUCCCCAAAUGGUACACGUAAUGGCGCAUGUCUUAGGAGUGACGGGUCAUGUCGGUGAGGCAAUAAUGCUUCUGAGAUCAUCAUUGUAUUGCCACGGUGACUAUUCUGCUGCCAUCGUUGUAUAUGACACAGAAAUUGCGAGGCGUGCUGAUAGUGCAGAAUCUCUGAACAUAUUCAAUAUAUACGACUGUUGUUCAUUGCUCUUCCGGUUGGAACUAGAAGGGGUUGAUGUUGGCGAACGAUACAAUGAAUUGUAUAAAGUAAUAUCACCUUAUAUGAAUGAUCACAUAUCAGCAUACAGUGACAUGCACUUAUUGAUGGCAAUCAUGGGACGAGGACGGCAACACGAAAUUAGCAGAUUUAUUGAGUCGGUUAGGAAAUACAUAAACAACCAAACUGGUACACAACGUGACAUCAUGCACGAAAUUGGUAUAGUGAUUUUUGAAGCAUUUCAGGCAUACAAGGAUGGUGACUAUGCUAAGGUCGUGGACAUACUUCUACCCGUUCGCCAUAAAGUAUGGAAAAUAGGAGGCAGUCAGCCCCAGCGAGAUGUGUGUAAUUUAGUUCUCAUUCAUGCUGCUUUAAAUUCACCACAAAAAAGACAUCAACAGACAUCCAGGUCCUUACUGGAGGAAAGAAAGUUAGAACUGACAAACUCACCGAUGACCGACAGACUUCUUGCCAAAUAUACAAGGUUACAUGUUGACUGA